CUCUACCUUGAUUCUCCCCACUCUUUAUGGGUUUAAAUUUACCGGCAUAACCGUCCAAAGACCGUUAAUACCGCGCAAACCGAACAAAAACUCACCCCAAAAGGGAAGUUAAAACGUAUUUCCUCUUUUAUCGUAUCUUAUUUAAUCGUUUGCAUUCAAAGUGUCGUGAACCAUGUCUUUUCCACGUGCCAAAUUGCAACGGUUCAACGAAAUUCCUACUUGUUCACCAUCUCCAGCUGAUUACAACCCCAUCCAAAAGCAACGUGCGUGGUCCGUUCUUUCUGCAUGUUCAGCAACAACAGACCGAUUUUCAGACAAUGCAUCAGUUACAUCUAAUGGUUCUUCAGUGUUUCGAACGCCAAAUGUUGUUGAGAGAAAAAAGCCAAUAUCAAUCAAAAUGUCCACAAAACUUUUUAACACAACUGACAAAGAAAUGUUGGAAGCAAAAAUUGUGGAGUGUAGCAAUAAAGAUGCUUACAUAAAAGAUUUGGCUGAGCAAAUUGAAGAACUAAAAGUACAAAUCAGCGAUUUACGCCAACAAGAAGAUGAGAUUGAGUUGGAAAAAACCAAAUAUGAAAGGAAUUUAAUGGAUGUGAAAGGUAAACAAGAAGAGGAGUUGGAAAAAUUAAAACAUUCCCAUACAGAAAUAUUAAAUUCGUUAAGAAUUAAGCUUAGGAAACGUUCGGAGGAGUUUACAAGUUUAAGAGAUGAAUACCGAAAUAUAAAACAGGAACAACAAACUACAUUGGAGGGUUUAUUAAAAGAUUUAAAUCAAAUGGGCGAAGAGUUUAAUGUAAAAGCAACAGAAAUAUAUAAUGCAGAAAUUGUUUCAAGAGAAAAUAAGAUUAAACAAAAAGAAAUUGAAAUAGAAAAGAUUACAGAAGACAUGAAGAUUUUAGAGAAAAAUAAUAACGAAGAAAUUAAAAAAAUUAAAGAACUACAUGCAGCUGAAAUUUCAAAAGUAGAAGAGGAAAUGUUGCAAAUUAUAACAUCAAGUGAAAAAUUAUUAGAUCAAUUAAAAAGUGGACACGAAUUAGAACUUAAAGAAAUCGAAAAAAAGCAUACAACAGAAAUUUUGAAGGUUAAAAGAGAUCAUUCGGAUUUAAUUAAAUCAUUAAUGGAUCAAAAAGUGGCUGAUUUACAACAAUUAGAGGAGGAUUAUCAAUUAAAAAAAGAUCAAAUCGAAAAAGAAACCAAACAGCUCAUUCAACAAACUGAAACUUUAUGGAAAAAUACAUUAAAAGAGCAAGAAGAAAAAUCUAACCUAACUUUUAAAAAUCUCCAACAAAAAAGUGAAUCAAAAAUCAUUGAAAUUGAAUUAGAAAAGAACAAAUUAAAACAAGAAUUAGCUGAUGCAAAAUACGAAUUAAAGGAAUUAAAAGAAUUGUGUAUAACUGAAGAAAAAUUUAAAUUAUUACAAAUCAAUUAUGAAAAAGAAUUGGAGUUUUUAAAAUCGAAACGAGUCGAUUUAGAAAUUCAAAUAGAAGCGGUAGAAAAUGAAUUAGCUCAACUUGUUAACACCUCACGUUCUUAUCAAGUUACUUUAGAUAAAACACGGGAAACUGUUAAAGCAAUUUCAAAGAGAUUGUUGAAUUCAGAUAGAGAUGUGGAACUCUUAAAGAAAGAAUUGGAGAGUCGGGAACAAAUUUGUUUGAAUUUGGAGGAUGAAUGCAAUCGUCGUCUGGAUGAAAUAGAAAAUUUAAACAAAAUUAACGCCGAAUUAGAGGAGAAACAAGAAAGAUUUAUCGCUAUUUCCAACAAAGAAAUUGAGGCGAUUAAAAAAGAUUAUGAGUGUAAAGUUAGGAGUUAUAAGAAUCUUAUUGAUGAGACUGAGCGAAACAACAAAGAGUUUCUUUCCCACAGAAUUAAAUGUUUACAAGAAAGUAAAGAGGCUUUUGAUUUGCAACAAGUUUUAAAUAAUGAAGCUCAAAAUGGUAUUAAAACUGUAAAUGAAAAAAUAACCAAUUUAGAACAAGUUAAUAUUAAUUUAAAGGAAGAAAAUGAUGAAUUAACCUGUGAGUUAAAAGAGAAAAAGGGCGCUGUAAAAGAGCUUUUAGUUGAAAAUGAGUCAUUAGAUGCAAACCUUAACACAAAAAUGAAAGAAAACGAAAUAUUAAAACAAGAAUGUUUAACAAAUAUUAAUGAGGAUAGUGUCGAAGAAUUAAAAAAACAACUUUUUGAGUUACAAGAAGUGUGUGAUAAUUUACAAAAUUAUUGCGAAUAUUAUAAAUCGAAAGUUGAGGAAUACGAAAAAGAAAUUCAAGACGCUAAAAUUAUUGAAAAAAAUUAUAAUGACCAAACAAAAAAAUACGAAGACUUACAAAAAAGAUUUUAUCAAUUACAAGACGAACACAACAAACAAAAACAAAAAAUUGAAGAAUACGACAAUUUAAUUGGACCAUAUAAAGAGCAAUUAGAAGCUUUUGAAGAUGAAAGAAAGCAGUUAAUAUCACAAAAAACGGACGCCGAAAUGAAAGUGGCUGAAAUAAGUACGAAAUAUGCCGAAAUUUUGGGACAUCAAAACACAAAGCAAAAGAUCAACCACAUGGUUGAUUUAAAAACGAAAAUUCAAUGCUUGGAAAAAGCGAAUAAGGAUAUGGAGGCAAAGGUCCGCAAACAAGCGAAAACCAUCGAACAGUUAAAAAGUGACCAAACUAAAUAUUCCAAAAACAAAGAAAAUAAUUUAAAUUCUCCCUGCGAUCGUUAUUUAAGCCCAUUACGUGAUAGAAAUUAAUAAAUUUUAUUUUUAUUCUUAUAUAUUUAUCAUUUAAUUUAACUCAGUAUUUUUUUUUUUUUAAUUUGUUUUGUGAUGUUUUUGAGUAUCCAAUUUUAAAUUGAAAAAAUGAACAGAUAAUAGGAUUUUAUAAGACUGAUGUAAUCUAAUGUAUUGAUUUCCAUAUUAUUAUUAUCAUACAAUAUUGUAAUAAAAUACUGACUUAUACUAAGUACUAUUUAAAUAAAAAAAAUUAUUCAAA